AUGAAUACAGAAUAUUAGGAAUAGGAUAUUCAGUUGGAGAGAAAAUCUCCAUAACAAUCUGAAGAUGCAAACAAUUAAUUAUUUUCUAUUUGUUUUGCCAUAGUUUACAAUUGUAUUUGGGGAAUGCUGUUUUGUUUUUUUAGACAUCGUUAUUGUAAGACAAUUGCAUUUUAAUCAAGAGAUGAAGAGGAAUGCAAAGUGAUGAACUUUUGGUCACUCGUAGCAGAGAUAUUUUUAUUUACAGUAGCCAUCUACAAAUUAGCGAUAGAAUUACCAGUGUAUUAUAGAGCCUUAGGGAGAUGGAAGAAUAAACUUUUUGAGAUUGCAGAAAAAGUAGAAUUCGUUUUGAGCAUAAUUGUUUUAAUAGGACUGAGUUAUGCUUAUUUCCAAUUUGAGGAUUGCUAGGGAUUGAGAACCUUUGUUUUAGUGUAUUUAAUAGUGACCUAUUUGGUUUUGGGCAUAUAUUUGGUUUCUCUGCUUCUACUAAUCACAAACAAAAGUAACAAUUCUGGAUGA